AUGCAGUCCAGGGUCCUUCUCGUUGCUGCCCUCCUCACACUUCUGGUCACUGCCCGAGCUCUUGAGCCCGAGCCAGAGCCCAAGGAUGCCUCCCUUCUGGACGUCAUGCAGGGCUAUGUGCACCACGCCACCAAGACCGCCCAGGAUGCGAUGACCAGGGUGCAGGAGUCCCACAUGGCCCAGCAGGCCAGGGACUGGGUGACCGAUGGCGUCAGCUCCCUGAAAGACUACUGGAGCACAUUUAAGAGCAAGCUCUCCCAGUUCUGGGAUCUCUUUCCCUCUCUAAGGCCAGCCACCACCGUGGCUGGGCCCAGCAGAGGAGGUAGUUCAGAAUGGGAACGGGGUUGUUCACUUGCAGGCAGAUGUGGUGCUGUGAUUACUGCCUGGCCAACACUGGUACUGCCCUUGCUGGGGGGCUCUAACCAUGCCUGAGGAUCCCACUUCUGGCUCUUCAUCCAGGCCUUCCAUGGGACCCAGCUCAUCAAAUAGUAGAUAAGAAGGAGAUAACCCAGAUCCUCUCUCAGCCCCCAGCCAGCAGAGAAGACUUUGGUUUCUAACAGUGAAGAAAAAUAAAGAUAACAAUACAAACAAUAGCUAUUGUAUAUGCACUGCUUCAACAGGGG